CUCUUCGGCCACGAAAUCAUCGCGUUCCUCGUCGGCGACAUCUGGGGCGUCGGGAUCGGCUUCAGCAUCGUCGCUGCGGGCACGAUCCUCGGAGAACUGCUCACCUUCUUCGUAUUCAAGUACUCGUGCACAAAGCGCGGGCGCAAGCUCGAGGAGACGCAGCUCAAGUUCGCGCUCUACUCCGGCGUCGUGCGCAAGGGCGGCAUCUUGGUCCCCAUCGUCAUGCGCUACAGCGCGAUUCCCGGGCACAUGACCACGGCCGUGUUCGCGAUGUGCGGGAUGCGCCUCUGGGUCUUCCUCCUCGCCGCAACGCUCUCU